CUUCGCUUUACCUCUCAUUCCGCCCGCGCCAAAAUGUUUGGCACAAUAUCGUUUACUAAAAACGGCCAAUUCAAGAUUUCUAAGGAUCACUUUUUUUCUCAAGACGAGAAUGACCGUCCGACACGACGCUUCGCAUGUCGCACAUGUCGGCUCUUCAAGGUCAAAUGCAGUGGAGACCCCGCCGCAUGCGCUCGCUGUAGCAGUCUCGACAUUGACUGUGUUUAUGACCAACCAACGGAAACUCACUCUCAGCGCGCUUCCACUGACCAGUCGCCGAGCAACAGCAACUCUGCGGCAAUGGGAUCGAGCUGGAGUGUCAAUAGCCCUACUCGUAGGCCGUCGAGCGCCCAAGGCUCGGGACAUCGCAACACUGAAGAAAUUCUCGUGCCACACCCAGUACCACAUGAACAAACCGAGGCGACAAAUUAUCCUCUUGCCGAGUUUACUUUGGAUAGCCCGAUUUUUCAAAACAUGCACCAAACGCCUCCAAGCAAGCAACAAACCGCGGCCGCAACGCCGGAGAUGGAAUUUUCUCCGUCCGGACAUGAUAUCGCUAGCCUGCACCCCCUUUUCGAUGCAUCGAACCUUUCAGAUCUCAGCACGUCGCAGUGGUCGCUCCUAAUCCAUGAAUCUGGCUUGACACCAUCAUCUCAAACUCAAAACGAUUCUAGUUGGCCGCAUUUGGCUGCCCGAAAGAACACCCUCAAAGACGAGGGGAUCAUAAACGGCCAAUUAUCGCUUCUGUCAUCACACCCUACCUCUGGCGGUUGUAGCUGCUCGAGCCGGCUCUCGACUGCUCUUUUCACCCUAAACGGCAAGCUACGGCGGUUCGGCUACGAUGAGGACGGCUCCACAAACUUGCGAUUCCAAGAAGCCAUGCAGAGCAUCCUCACGGUUCCUGCACAGAUGAAAGGACUGGUGGAUGAGAUCGGGUGCUGCGCAUUCCGUUGCUUUGAGAAAAGCGAAAGUCGAGUGCUGCUGGUCAUGAUCGUGGAGCAACUUGUGGACUUGUGCUCCACCUUAGUAGUCCAGAUAGACCUCGAGUUCAAGGAGCCAAACGAAGGUACGGCGGUGGCAGUGCACGUAGGCGGAUACGUGGUGGAUAGCCAAUGGGAGCGGCAGAUGAUUCUCUUUCUUCUCGUCAGCGAGCGGUUGAAGGCUCUUACCAGAUCUGCCGCUUCCUGCCGAGAUAGGUUAGCCAUGAUGCCCGAGGCGGCUGAUAGCCUAGCUCGAUUACGCUCGGCAAUUCACAGCCUUGAAGUGCUCAGACUGAAGUUAGACAAACGGUCAAAGACGGGCAGGGAUUCGACUCCCACGUGAGAUUCCGGAAACUAGGUGGAGAGCUGUAGACGAG